UCACAAGAAAAAAGGCAUUAAUUAUUAUCGAUUAUUAGUUUUUCUAUAAUUUUUUUUUCCCAGAGGGAGCAUGUGAUAAUAUAUAUAUAUAUAUAUGUGUGUAUUGUGGAGGCUGCUGCUUCAACUUGAACAUGCUGUUCACGUUAUCGACCAUUUCAUUGGAUACUACUUGUCCUAAUAGUCCGCCAGUUCCCUUAAUAAAAUUAUAUUGAUCUUCAAUGCGCGGCCACCACAUAUAUUUAUAUUAAUUAACAAUCCAACUCCAUAUGCAUUGUUGACCAUGAAUAUCUUCUUUUGCUUGAUUAACUUCUUCUCAACCAAUUAGUUUCUCCUCCAGUACGUCCUUCUCCCUUUCGAAGCCAAUAAAACUAGCUAGUUGUUGUUGUUCAUUUCUCCUCCUCUUUGUUUUUUGACAUCAUAUAUAUAUAAAUAUAAGAGUCAUAAUUAAGUUGAUUUGAUAAUUAAGCAGCUGGCAGCCAUAGCCGCAGCAGCAAAAAUAUGGUUUCGGAGUCUACAAGUAGCGGCUAUCCGAUCAAAACCGUAGUGAUACUAGUGCAAGAGAACCGAUCGUUCGACCACAUGCUGGGUUGGAUGAAGUCCGUCAACCCAGAAAUCGACGGCGUCACCGGAUCCGAGUCCAACCCCAUUUCGACGUCCGACCCGACGUCCAAGAGGAUCUUCUUCGGGGACCGCUCCGAGUACGUGGACCCGGAUCCCGGGCACUCCAUCCAAGCCAUCUACGAGCAAGUGUUCGGGGAGGAGUGGAGCGAGGCGUCGGCGUCCGAGAAUAAUCUACAGCCCACGAUGCAAGGCUUCGUGCAGAACGCGGAGAAGACACAGGAGGGCUUGGCGGAGACGGUGAUGAACGGGUUCAAGCCGGAGAGCGUGCCGGUGUACCGGGAGCUGGUAAAGGAGUUCGCCGUCUGCGACAGGUGGUUCGCGUCUGUGCCGGCGGCCACGCAGCCCAAUAGACUUUAUGUGCAUUCUGCCACGUCAUAUGGGAUGACAGGGAACGACACCAAGCAGCUCAUCGAGGGUUUCCCUCAGAAGACCAUUUUCGAGUCUGUGGAGGAAAACGGCCUCUCCUUUGGGAUUUACUACCAGUAUCCUCCUUCUACGCUCUUUUACAGGAAUCUUAGAAAAUUAAAAUACGCGGAUAACUUCCAUCAGUUUGAUUUGGACUUCAAGAGGCAUUGCGAGGAGGGGAAGUUACCAAACUAUGUGGUGAUUGAGCAGAGAUACUUCGAUCUCUUAUCCAUACCCGCCAAUGACGAUCACCCUUCUCAUGAUGUCUCAGAAGGUCAGAAAUUUGUAAAAGAGGUCUAUGAAGCUCUUAGAGCAAGCCCUCAGUGGAAUGAGAUCUUGUUCCUCGUUAUAUACGACGAGCACGGCGGUUUCUACGACCACGUUCCAACUCCGGUCACCGGUGUACCCAGUCCAGACGACAUUUCUGGUCCCGAGCCAUACAACUUCAAGUUUGACCGUCUCGGCGUGAGGGUUCCCGCCAUAUUGAUUUCUCCUUGGAUAAAACCAGGAACUGUAUUGCAUGAACCAUCAGGUCCAUACCCUUCAUCGCAGUUCGAGCACUCGUCCAUUGCAGCAACGGUGAAGAAGAUUUUCAACCUGAAAGACUUUCUGACAAAGCGGGACGCAUGGGUCGGAACUUUUGAGAGUGUUCUGAAUGCGAGCACCCCAAGAACAGAUUGUCCAGCGAGUCUGCCAGAGCCUGUGAAACUGAGAGAGACAGAGGCAAAAGAAGAAGGAAAACUGAGCGAGUUCCAAGAGGAGUUGAUACAGAUGGUUGCCACAUUGAAUGGGGACCACAGCAAGGAUAUCUAUCCCCGCAAGCUGGUUGAGGAUUUGAAUGUUUCAAAGGCCGCUACUUACAUUGAAGGCGCAUUUAAAAAAUUCUUGGAUGAACGUGACAAAGCCAAGCUAGCAGGGAUUGAUAUCAACGAAAUUGUUGUGGGGAUAGCUUCACCUACACAGCCACACUCCUCCAAAUCUUUUGCCCAGAAGAUAUUUUCUUGCUUGGUUUGUGAUCAUUAAGGAGUAACAACUCUAUUGUUAUCAUUUUCUUGCUUAAAUAUUGGCUUGUGAUCAUUUAUGUCUAUGUCUAUGUCUAUGUCCAUGUCCAUGUAUGUACUUCAUAAAUAUUCAUGUUCACAUUCCAUUUCAACAAUAUUUUCUACUUUCAGACCAUAUAUAUGCGUUUGCUUUUAU